CUCUGUUAAAUGGCGGCGGCCUCGACGGCAGAUGGUGUUUAGAGAGUCACUUAAAUUCUUGUCAGGUAGUCUUGGCAACAUGGCUGAAGAAGGAGCUAGUGUAUCUCCUGGAGCUGAUCAAAGAGAAACGAGUGACCUAACUGAUUUAAGUGUGACAGAGGAAAAUGAAAAGUCCAGUCCCUCAACUGACACUCAGGUGGAAACGGGUGAGCCUGGGACUGAUGUGUAUCGAUACAUCAAGGGUGAUCUUUUUACAUCUGAGAUUUACAAGAUAGAAAUUCAAAACCUCCCAAAGUUUGUAAGCUUCAGUGAUUUGCGAAAAUUCCUCAGCAGAAAUAAUCUGGUUCCUCAUAAAAUUAAACUGUUUGGUAAACAACCUUUUGCAUUUGUGACUUUUAAAGAAGAGAAAGAUCGAGAUCGAGCCAUGGAAGUUCUUCAGGGUCAAGUGUGGAAAAACAAGAACUUGCAUGUCCGAUUAGCUAAGCCAAAAGCAGAUCCAAUUGCCAAAAAACGAAAGCAGGAGGGGACUGAGAAUGGUGAUCCUGAGCUGAAACGUCCUGCUCCAGUGGAAGUUUCAGAUAGACCGUUAAGUGAACAGAUUGCAGAUGUUGUGACACCUUUGUGGAACAUUCCAUACGAAGAGCAAUUGAAAAAGAAAGAGCAAAAUGUCUUGCAAGUCUUGGGAAUGUUGACCACGGAAAUAGUAGCCCACAAUCGAGCUUUUGUGCCGUGGGUUUUUCAACAGAAAAAAACGCAUGGUGGAAUCUGUUGCCCUUUAGAGGGAGUGAAGCCAUCGCCAGUGCAGAGUGAAUACCGCAACAAGUGUGAGUUUCUAAUUGGCGUUGGAGCAAAUGGAGAAGAUAAAACUGUUGGAUGUCGCUUGGGUAAAUACAAGGGAGGAUCAUGCGCUGUUGUAGAGCCGUUUGAUACCGUUCAUAUUCCAGCCCAAAUAAAGGAAGUUGUCAAGGCAUUUCAGAAGUACCUAAGGUCAUCUCCUUAUUGUGUGUAUAAUCCAGAAACUUAUGAAGGUCACUGGAAGCAGUUGACUGUACGCAUUUCCAGAGCCAAGCAAAUUAUGGCCAUCGUUUACUUCAACCCUCAGAAAUUAAUGAAAUCAGAACUAAUGGAGGUGCAAGGCGAAUUAGCCAAAUAUUUCACAGAAGGUGAAGGGAAAGAUUGUGGAGUAACAUCACUUUACUUCGCAGAAGAAGGUCAAAGAAAAUCCCCCAACCUGGAAGAUUUGCCUUUGGACCACGUACAUGGAGACAAGUACAUAUAUGAAGAGCUCCUGGGACUUAAUUUCAGAAUUUCCCCUCAUGCAUUUUUCCAGGUGAACACCCUUGCUGCAGAAGUGCUUUAUUCCGCAGUGGGAGACUGGGCUGAUCUUAAUCAGGACAGCACCGUGUUGGAUGUUUGCUGUGGCACAGGAACUAUUGGGCUUUCUCUGGCAAAGAAUGUGAAGAAAGUCAUUGGAAUUGAGAUGUGCCAAGAAGCCAUCGAGGAUGCGAAAGUGAACACAGGACUAAAUGGUCUGUCCAAUGUGGAAUUCUUGUGUGGCAAAGCUGAAGACCUCUUUCCGACUGUAAUUAAUUCUUUAACGUCACAAAACUUGGUUGCUAUUGUGGACCCACCCAGAGCAGGACUACAUUCCAGAGUCGUGCUAGCAAUAAGAAGAGCAGAACACUUGAAGCGGCUAAUUUAUGUUGCUUGCAAUGCUCGAGCGGCAAUGAACAAUUUUGUGGACCUUUGCCGUGCCCCAUCUCACAGAGUGAAGGGAUCUCCUUUCCAUCCUGUUAAGGCCUUAGCUGUCGAUCUCUUUCCACAUACAAUGUAUUAUGAGCUGUUAAUAUUGUUUGAGAGAGUGGUGUGUUAGAACUGAUCAAGGCUAAAGCUCAUAUGAAUUCAGUAGUUUUAGCCCUACAAUCAGGGAAUUGUAUGAAUUAUUUCAAAUGGCAUUUCUUGUAUUGGUAUUUUAAUUACUUAUUGUGCAUAAUGUUUUAACUAAAACAGUAACGUGACUGCAAUCAUUAAAAAACAAAUUAGGAUUUUUCUCGGAAUUGUUUGGUAUGUAUUUCCCUCCUCAUGUGAAUUUAUUGGAGCUCAAUAAAGCCUGGUCAGUAUUUCACGGUUUUGAUUGUAUUUUAAUUUGUUUUCUAUUAUAGACCUAGAAACAUAGAAAUCUUACAGUACAAUACAGGCCCUUCGGCCCACAAAGCUGUGCUGAACAUGUCCUUACAUGAGAAAUUACCUAGGGUUACCCAUAGCCCUCUAUUUUUCUGAGCUCCAUAUACCUAUCCAGGAGUCUCUUAAAAGACCCUAUCGUAUCCGCCUCCACCACCAUCGCCAGCAGCCAAUUCCAUGCACUCACCACUCUCUACGGAAAAAAAAAACUCACCCCUGAUAUCUCCUCUGUACCUACUUGUAAGCACCUUAAAACUGUGCCCUCUUGUGCUAGAAAUUUCCGCCCUGGGAAAAAGCCUCUGACUAUCCACACGAUCAAUGCCUCUCAUCAUCUUAUACACCUCUAUCAGGUCACCUCUCAUCUUCCAUCGCUCCAAGGAAAUAAGGCCGAGUUCACCCAGCCUAUUCUCAUAAGGCCUGCUCCCCGAUCCAGGCAACAUCCUUGUAAAUCUCCUCUGCACCCUUUCUAUGGUUGCCACAUCCUUCCUGUGGUGAGGCGACCAGAACUGAGCACAGUACUCAAGUGGGGUCUGACUGGGGUCCUACAUAGCUGCAACAUUACCUCUUGGCUCCUAAACUCAAUCCCAUGAUUGAUGAAGGGCAAUGCAUCGUAUGCUUUCUCAACCACAGAGUCAACCUAUGCAGCAGCUUUGAGUGACCUAUGGACUUGGACCCCAAGAUCCCGCUGAUCAUCCAUACUGCCAAGAGUCUUACCAUUAAUACUAUAUUCUUUCAUCAUAUUUGACCUACCAAAAUGAACCACCUCACACUUAUCUGAGUUGAACUCUGUCUACCACUUCUCAUCCAGUUUGGCAUCCUAUCGAUGUCCCACUGUAACCUCUUAACAGCCCUCCACACCAUCCACAACACCUCCAACCUUUGUGUCACCAGCAAAUUUACUAACCCAUCCCUUCACUCCUUCAUCCAGGUUGUUUAUAAAAAUCACAAAGAGUAGGGGUCCCAGAACAGAUCCCUGAGGCACACCACUGGUCACCGGUCUCCAUGCAGAAUAUGACCUGUUUACAACCACUCUGUGCCUUCUGUGGGCAAGCCAGUUCUGGAUCCACAAAGCAAUUUCUCCUUGGAUACCAUGCCUCCUUACUUUCUCAAUAAGCCUUACAAUGGGGUACCUUGUCAAAUGCCUUGCUGAAAUCCAUAUACACUUCAUCUACAGCUCUACCUUCAUCAAUGUGUCUAGUCACAUCCUCAAGAAAUUCAGUGAGGCUCGUAAGGCAUGACCCGCCUUUCACAAAGCCAUGCUGAUUAUUCCUAAUCAUAUGCCUCUCCAAAUGUUCAUAAAUCCUGCUUCUCAGGAUCUUCUCCAUCAACUUACCAACCACUGAAGUAAGACUCACUGGUCUAUAAUUUCCUGGGCUAUGUCUACUCCCUUUCUUGAAUAAUGGAACAACAUCUGCAACCUUCUAAUCCACUGGAACCUCUCCCGUUCCCAUUGAUGGUACAAAGAUCAUCGCCAGAGGCUCAGCAAUCUACUCCCUCGCCUGUAGCCUGGGGUACAUCUCGUCCAGUCCCGGUGACUUAGCCAACUUGAUGCUUUCCAAAAGCUCCUGCACAUCCUCUUUCUUAAUAUCUACAUGCUCAAGCUUCUCAGUCCACUGUAAGUCAUCCCUACAAUCACCAAGAUCCUUUUCCAUAGUGAAUACUGAAGUAAAGUACUCACUAAGUAUCUGUGCUAUCUCCUCCAGUUCCAUACACACUUUUCCACUGUCACACUUGAUUGGUCCUAGUCUCUCACGUCUGAUCCUCUGGCUCUUAACAUACUUGUAGAAUGCCUUGGGGUUUUCCUUAAUCCAAGGCCUUCUCAUGGCCCAUUCUGGCCCUCCUAAUUUCUUUCUUGAACUCCUUCCUGUUAGCAUUAUAAUUUUCUAGCUUUCUAUCAUUACCUAGCUUUUUGAACCUUUCAUAAGCUCUUCUUUUCUUCUUGACUAGAUUUAUAACAGCCUUUGUGCACCACGGUUCCUGUACCAUACCAUCUUUUCCCUGUCUCAUUGCAAUGUACCUAUGCAGAACUCCAUGCAACUAUCGCCUGAACAUUUGCCACAUUUCUUCUGUACAUUUCCCUGAGAAUAUCUGUUUCCAAUUAAUGCUUCCAAGUUCUUGCUUGAUAGCCUCAUAUUUCCCCUUAUUCCAAUUAAAUGCUUUCCUAACUUGUCUGUUCCUAUCCCUCUCCAAUGUUAUGGUAAAGGAGAUAGAAUUGUGAUCACUAUCUCCAAAAUGCUCCUCCACUGAGAGAUCUGACACCUGACCAGGUUCAUUUCCCAAUACCAGAUCAAGUACAGCCUCUCCUCUUGUAGGCGUAUCUACAUAUUGUGUCAAGAAACCUUCCUGAACACACCUAACAAACUCCACCCCAUCUAAACCCCUCGCUCCAGGGACAUGCCAAUCAAAAUUUGGAAAUUAAAAUCUCCCACCACGGCAACCCUGUUAUUAUUACAUCUUUGCAGAAUCUGUCUCUCUAUCUGCUCCUUGAUGUCCCUGUUACUAUUGGAUGGUCUAUAAAAAAUACUCAGUAGAGUUAUUGACCCCUUCCUGUUCCUAACUUCCACCCACAGAAACUCUGUAGACAAUCCCUCCAUGUCUUCCUCCUUUACGACCGUGACACUAUCUCUGAUCAACAGUGCCACACCCCCACGUCUUUUGCCUCUCUCCCUGUCCUUUCUGAAACAUCAAAAGCCUGGCACUCGAAGUAACCAUUCCUGCCCCUGAGCCAUCCAAGUCUCUGUAAUGGCCACAACAUCAUAGCUACAAGUACUGAUCCACGCUUUAAGCUCAUCUGCUUUGUUGAUAAUGCUCCUAGCAUUAAAAUAGACACAUAUAUCAAACCAUUGGUCCGAGCCCAUCCCUUCUCGAUCACCUGCAUAUCCUCCCUCUUGCACUGUCUCCAAGCUUUCUCUAUUUAUGAGCCAACUUGCCUCUUCCUCAGUUUCUUCAUUUUGAUUCCCACCCCUUCCAGCAAUCCUAGUUUAAACUCUCCCCAAUAGCAUUAGCAAACCUCCCCACCAGGACCCUUUUUGUACAGGUCACACCUGCCCCAGAAAAGAUCCCAAUGAUCGAGAAAUCUGAAUCCCUGCCCCCUGCUCCAAUCUCUCAGCCACGCAUUUAUCCUCCACCUCACUCUGUUCCUAUACUCACUGUCGCGUAGCACAAGCAGUAAUCCCGAGAUGACUACCUUUGCUUCUCAACUUCCUUCCUAACUCCUUGUAGUCUUAAACAUAGAAACAUAGAAAACCUAUAGCACAAUACAGGCCCUUCGGCCCACAAAGUUGUGUUGAACAGGUCUUCUUUCAGGACCUCCUCUCUUUUUCUGCCAAUGUCAUUGGUACCAAUAUGUACCACGACCUCUGGCUGUCUUCCUUCCCACUUCAGGAUAUCUUGGACGCGAUCAGAAACCUCCCAGACCCUGGCACCUGGGAGGCAAACUACCAUCCGAGCUUCUUUUGCUGUCUGACCCCCUAACUAUUAGAGUCCCCUAAUACUGCCAUUCUCUCUUCCUUUCCCUACCCUUCUGAGCCACAGGGCCAGACUCUGUGCCAGAGGCGCAGCCACUGUUGUUUCCUCAGGUAGGCCGUUCCCCCCCCUACAGUACUCAAGCAGGAGUACUUAUCGUCAAGGGGUACAACCACAGGGGAACUCUCUGGUGUCUGAUUCCUGCCCUUCCCUCUCCUGACUGUUACCCACUUACCUGUCUCCCCAGGCGCCGGUGUGACUACCUACCUAUAGCCACUCUCUAUCACAUCCUCAUUCACCCUGACCAGAUGAAGGUUAUCGUGCUGUAUCUCCAGUUCUCCAACACGGUCCCUAAGGAGCUACAGCUCGACGCACCUGGCGCAAAUAUGGCCUUCCAGGAGGCUGGGAUUCUCCCAGACCGCCCACAUCUGACACCAAGUACAGAAAACCGGCCUCAUACACAUUCUUCCUGUCUGUUUUCUACACAGGCAACCUACCUCACCUCGACCCGUUAAUGCCUAAGUCCUGUUGAGCCAAAGCCUUCCUACUCUGUCUCCCUCUAUAUAUAAUGAAAUGGAAGUAAAACACAAGACCAUAAGAUAUAGAUUUCAUCAUGACUAAUCAAUUUCCCUCUCUGCCCCAAUCUCCUGACUUCUCCCUGUAUCUCUUCAUGCCCUGACUAUUCAAGAAUCUAUCAACCUCAGCCUCAAAUAUACCCAAUGACAGCUGCCUGUGUAAGGAGUGUGUGUAUGUGUCUGUCUCUCUCUCUCUCUCUCCCCUCCCCUCUCUCACUCUCCCUCUCCCUCUCCCCCCCUCUCUCUCCCUUCCUCCCUCCACCGUGGUUGGUCCCAGGCGGGGGAUCGAGGUGGUCGGAGGGGAUCGAAUGGUGGAAAGAAGACUCCGUUAAUUGAGCUCCAACGGUUGUGCACGAAGUAGUUGAACUUUGAUAAGUUUGGCGACUUUUACUUUUCUUUUAUAUUUUAUCUCUAUUAAUUACAUGGUUCCA